GUUAAAAAUAGGUAAGAGUAAGUACCUACAUCAAUAAUUGAGAUGUUAAUGCGCAUCACAGUAUUAAAGGUCUAUUUGUAUUGACAGACUGGAAAGUUGAUUCGUGUUGUUGAAAUAGAUUCAGUUCUGUCUAUCGAGAAAUAAUUAUUAUGAAUAUCGGUGACCCGCUGGUAUCGGUGGAAUUCGAAGUAUUCGGAAAAGUGCAAGGCGUAUCUUUCACGAAAUACUGCAAGGAGAUGAGUGAGGACAUGGCUGUUAACGGUUGGGUGAAAAACACCAAAAAGGGCACCAUACAGGGAAAGCUGCAGGGACAGAGAUCCAAAGUUGAACAGAUGGUCAUGUGGUUAUCCAACACUGGUUCACCAGGAAGCCAAAUAGAUCAUUGUGAUCUAACCAAUUGGCAAAACCUUGCCUCGCCAGAUUACAAAGGAUUCCAAAUUAGAUUCUGAACACGAUGUGCCAAUUUUUUCAUAUGGUUUAUAUGGUCUGAAUUUUAUUGAAGGAAUAUUUUUGUACUGUUUUUGUUUUUUUGAAGAAAAAAUUUCAUC